GGGAUCCCGAUGUCUCCAAGGUGGUAGCUGAUGAAACCACAGUCCUUGAUGUCCCUACUGAGGUGAGCAGGCCGGCCGCCAAACAUUACCACAGGCUGCAAGAAGAGGAAAGCACAACUUCCGAACAAAGCACAACUUCCGAACACGAGCCGUGGCAAGCCGAGGUGCUGAGGACUGAGAAUCAGCACCUCGAGACCAUCUCAACCAUUAGGUGCAGGUGCAAGGAAGAAUUGGAUGAGGGUGUGGAUCCUGGACCUGCAGCAGAAAAAGUGGAGAUGGGGCAUAAAGAGGCAUGUCCAGGAGACCUGGAUCUGUUGUCGCCCUCAAGCAGGGUUCAACUUAGUGCUGGCUUGGUUGGCAAGCCAUGCAAGGUGCAUGCUCUGGCCAGCCAGCUCCAGAAGUGCCUGCAGGACUGUAGUGGCAGGACAGCUGGGCAGGAAUCCCAGCAGCCCAGUCCUUCUGAAGGAGAGAGUCUAGAGACUUGUGAGAAAAAGAGCAAAGCUUCCAAAGACUCCAGACUGGCAUCCCCAGAGCAUGGGAAAAGGGGCCCACUGGAGAGCCCUGAAGGGCAGGAGUAUAUAGAGCUGGUGGGGGGCAGCCCAGGCCCCCCACCGAAAGCUCUGUCCCAGAAGGAGAUGAUCAAGCGCAGGUACCGCUGCGGGGAGUGCGGUAAAGCCUUCCUGCAGCUCUGUCACCUCAAGAAGCACUGCUUUGUCCAUGCUGGCCACAAGCCCUUCCUGUGCACGGAGUGUGGCAAGAGCUAUAGUUCAGAGGAGAGCUUCAAGGCCCACGUGUUGGCCCACCGGGGUGUGCGGCCUUUCCAGUGCACCCAGUGCGACAAGGCUUACCGCACCAAGCGAGACUUGCAGGAGCACCAGGUCCUGCACACCGGCCAGCGCCCCUUCUCCUGUGAGCAGUGUGGCAAGGCCUUUGCACGCCGGCCCUCUCUCCGCAUUCACAGGAAGAUCCACCUGGCCACUGGGACUGGCCCAGCUGGUCCCAAGGGAUGCCAGUGUGCCAUAUGUGGCCGCCAUCUGGCCAACCCCGGCUCCUUGCGCAACCACAUGCGCCUGCACACGGGGGAGCGUCCUUACGCCUGUCCCUACUGCGGCAAGGACUUCCGACAGCAGAGCAACCUGCGCGAGCACCUCCGGCUGCACACGGGCGAGAAGCCCUACAAG